AUGGAUGACGUUGAGUUAGGUGAGAAUGUUGACAGUAGUCCUCGGGUAGGCAUGAUAUUUAAUUCAGAGCAAGAUGCUUAUGACUUCUAUAACAGUUAUGGAGGAAGAUUGGGUUUUAGUAUUAGAAGAGAUUUUGCACAUAAGAGAAAGAAAGACAUGACAGUUAUAACUUCACGGAGAUUAUUUGGUGAUGUUGUUAGUUUCGAUACCACAUUUCGUACUAACAAAGAGUAUAGGCCAUUUGGGAUAUUUGCCGGUUUUAAUCAUCAUAGAGGGGUUAUUAUAUUUGGGGUUGCACUUUUGUAUGAUGAAACAGCUGAAUCUUUUAAUUGGUUAUUUGAGGCAUUCGCAGAAGCAAAUGGGAAUAAAAAACCUAUAACCAUCUUCACAGAUCAAGAUACUGCUAUGGAAAAAGCAUUGUAUGAAGUGUGGCCUGGGACAUGGCAUGGGUUGUGUACUUGGCACAUAAUGCAAAAUGGCAUUGAACAUCUAGGUCAUAUAAUGAAAGAUGGCUCUUGUUUUCUCAAAUAUUUGAAAAAGUGUAUAUUUGAGUAUGAGGAAGAAUUACAGUUCGAGAAUUCUUGGAAAAAAUUACUUUGUGACUACAACUUGGAACAAAAUUCAUGGUUGCUUCGUAUUUAUGGAAUUAAAUGUAAAUGGGCAAAGUGUUAUAUGAAAAACACAUUCACAAUAGGCAUGCGGAGUACACAAAUUAGUGAGAGUUUUAAUAGUGACUUGAAAGAAUAUCUAAAAUCUACUUUGGAUGUUGUUCAAUUUUUUAAGCACUUCGAAAGGGUUGUGAAUACUAAACGAGCUAAUGAAUUAAAGGCUGAAUUUGAUUCAAGAAACAAACUUCCAAGGAACAUGUUCGGGAUGUCACUUGUUAUCAAACAAGCUGGGGAUGUCUAUACUCCAUACAUUUUUGAGAAAUUUCAGGAGUACUGCAAGAAAUAUGAGACAUUUGGCAUUCUUUGUUGCCAUUGCUUGAAAGUUUUGGAUGUCCUAGAUAUCAAGUGUAUCCCUGAUUCUUAUAUUUUGCGGAGAUGGACACGGGCAGCAAGAAGUAUGGUAGUGGAAGACCAUAAGGGGAAACAAGUUGUUGAAGAUGUGAAUUUAGACUGUACACAACGAUACAGAUAUCUUUCUCCUCAACUUGUGAAGAUAGCAUUACAAGCUUCAAAUUCAGUUGAAGGAUUCGCAUUGGUUAAGAAUGGGAUUAAAGAAUUAUGUCAACAACUUGAAAGUAUCAAUGUGUCUGAUGUUCCAAAGAAUCUUGUCCCUAAUGAGUUUGAGAAUGUCUUUUUGAGUUUCUCUCUUUCAGCUACUUUUGUUUCUGUUUCACAGAGUUCUACAGGUCUCGAGUCUAAAGGUCAUUUUAUUCCUAGUAAGUGGAAGAGCUUAUCGAUUAAGCAGAACAGUCUAGAGAUACAAACAUUUCGAGCCAGAUCUGGGCAUGGACCAGAUCUUCAUGUGAAGACUCAGGUCCAAGAGCUUUGGCUUGAUCGUCCAGCCAAAAUUGAAGGGCAUCCAGAGAGUGAUCUUUCAGAAUUAAGAGGAUAUUUCAGAAAUUACUCUGCAACUCCUUUGGACUCUGCACCAUUAUCAAAUGUGAACCUCUUCAUCUUCCCCAAGGAAAUGCUGGGUUUAUGGGUGAAAGAAAAGAUCACAUUUUCAAUAUUAACCAGAAACACUGUUCACUGCUUUUCCAAUAAUAAAGGCCUGGGAACUUGA